AUGUUGGCACUGUUGUGGUAAAGCUAAAUUCGUUCAUCAUGAAAGCGCUGAUGAACGGUGCCACCAAGAGUCUGGAAAGUGAUGCCACUGAAAAGGCGGCUAAGAGAAUAUCAGCAUCGAAAAACACGACAAAACAAACGUUUGAGAAGAAUGCAGUUCUGGUUGGUUACAGUUUCUCGGAAUGAUAAAAUUUGACUGAAACUGUAGGUCGAUUCCCACAAACUCAUCUCGUGAACAAUUUGAAUACAAUUACCUUCGUAACAAAUCAUCCCACGCAUAGUUUAUCAUUCGACACUAUCGCCCGCAAUUAUGAACACAACACAGCUCGCGUCGAAAUCAAAUCGAUCAGUACGGAGCAAAAUGCAACGCGAUUCGGAGCAAGUGACGCGGCUUCCAAGCUGGCUGAACGAUAAUUUUCUGCUAGAGGUCAUCCGGGAGGCCAAAAACGACCCCGAUAUUGCGUUGUGUCAUCACUGUAAGUUCCGAUCCGGAUCCAGACUGGGAGAAAACAACGCCAGCGUACUUUUCCGCACGACGGUCCAUCACCGCUCGAGACAACCUCCGCAGGAGCAGGCCCUCGAUUUGAUGAUUAAAGUCGAGUAUAGAAGUGCGGCUCUCCGAGACCGUUCACUGUUUGGAACGGAGAUUCGGAUGUAUCGGGAGAUUUUACCGGUGAUGCAGAAUGUUUUGAAACAAGCGCGUGAAUCGCUACACGUUCCAAGAGUUUUUUACACAUCGGAAAAACCACAAGGGGUCCUUAUUCUGGAGGAUUUGUACCCGGCCGGUUGGGUGGGCAAGGAUCAGAUCGAAAGUUUAGAAGAUGCUCGACCAGCAAUUCGGACCAUAGCGAAGUUUCAUGCCGCCUCUUGGCUGCUGAACCAAACUGGCACGCAGUGUUCAUACUUCCGGAAUGCACUGAUGGAGAUCAACAUUGCUGGGGCGCGUCGCAUGUUUUGUAAUCUUUACAAUUCAUUCACCGACUCCGUGGGAACAUGGGAAGAUUGCGCCGCAAUCGGUGCCAGGCUGCAAGCCAUUAAACCUGACUUCGAAAGCAAGCUGAAGCAAAUUUACGCUCCGAAUCCGAGGUAUAACGUUUUGAAUCAUGGCGACUUUCAUGCUAGGAAUCUUCUCCACAAAACUGAUCCCGCUGGGGGAAACCCAAUUGUCGAAACAGCUUUGAUUGACUUCCAAAUUUGCCACUGGGGCUCUCCGGCAAUCGAUUUGAUGUACCUGUUGGAUUUGGUUGUGGCCCGGAAUGUUAAGUAUGUCGCUCGUGAGAAUAUAAUUCGUGAGUAUUACACGUGGUUCACCAAUUGCUUGAAGCGAAUGUCCUACCGGGGAUGGGUACCAAGUUGGCAGGAUUUACAAUCCGAACUGCAGCGAUGUGCGUUUCUUGAACUUUUGCACGAUGCGGUGUUUGAACAGUUUCGUUACGUGGAUUUGAGCCAAGUGGAUGUCGAGGAGUUCUUCGCAGGAAACGUCAAAAACGCCGGAGUCAACAACGAACGGUACCGUUCGCUGAUUCGUGAAGAUUUGAAACAGAUGCUGAACAGAGGAGUGCUGGAUUGAUUCAUUCAUCACAAAUUGAGGAAAGGAAACAUCAUUUACAAUUAGUUUUUACGUUUUCGAUCAGGCCGAGGAUUUGCAAUUAAUCUUCACAUCGUUUUUUUUUCGUUCUAUUACAUUUGUUGUGUACCUGAUUGAUGUGUUCUUGGUCACGAUUACACCUGUUUCCUGAAAUGUUCAUCGCUAAUUCCGCAUUAUUUCGCAUUCAGGAAUGACUAAUUAAUCAAUCUGACAGUAAUACUCGUUGCUUUAUUGGAUUGGAUGGAAUUAAUUACGCUUCACUCAAUGCUGAUUGGCAGAAUCGCUGAAUAUUCUGAGGGACACUUAUUGUCAACGUCCGCUGAAUCUAACGUUCAGUUUGUGGUUCUAUGCAAUUAAUUUAUGGUUAUAGCUGAUCAAGGUUAAAAUAAAUUCUUUUAGAUAAUUUUUUCCCAUUUUAGAUUAUAAUUAAAUUACAUUUGUUGGAUCAGCAGCACAUUAUAGCAAACACUUUAAUGAGGGAGUAAUGAGUUAUUUUAUGCUGUUAUUUGUAAAGUAACUGUUUUUGAAUAAAGAAAGGGAAACAUGAAAAAUAAAAAAUAUUACAAAUCUC